CUUGCAGUUGGGGACCAGUAUUGUUGGGGACAAGACUGACUGUCAUUGCAACUCUUCCAGGUUGAGUCAAUGUUAUUUAUUUGUGAAGACACAGUUCUAGACUGUCAAACAGUUGAGUUUAUUUUGAAAUCCCUAUUGCAAAAUAUUAUUGUAUUGAAGCUAAUAAGUUUUACAAAUAUGGCAACUGCAUAAACUUGGCUGGCGUGUAAUUGAAUAAUAGAGUAUCGAACAUGGUAGAUGUUAUAAGUCAAAUUAACACCGAGGAUGAUGGAAAAUUCGAACCUAGACGUGCAAGCAAUAGUUGUGAUACUGGGGCAUCUACACCAUCUUCCUCAUCUGACUAUGUCACCGGUGAUGCAGAUGACAGUUCUGACGGGAAAUGUACGGUACCCUUUACCCUGAAGUCUGUGGAAACGCAACUCAUCUUACCCAAGGAUGCAACAGAGAUCAUUCUUCGAGAGAAGGUCGAACAAUGCAAGGAGAUGGUAUUAGAAAGCGCGGAGUGCAGCGAGGAACGCAAGUGGCUAGUCAGACGCCUCAUUGAACUUCGCCUUAGAGCUCAAGAGCUAAGAGAAGAAUCAAACGAGAGCUUACUUGAAACUCAGGUUAUCCUUGGUCAUCAUUUAGAGCCUCAAAAAACCCAUGUUGUCCCUUCUGGUCCCAUUUAUUGCGACAAUUGCAGUGCAGCUGUAUGGACAAUGCUACAGUCGUGGUACAUGUGUAGUGAUUGUGGGUUUUGCUGCCACUGGAAAUGCCUGAGUUCUAUAUGUCGAGUCUGUGCACAUGUGGUGGCCAGUGAAGCUGGUGGAUAUACAUACACCAAAGAUAUAUGCCCUGAACGAGGACUUUCAUCACAGUCGUACAGAUGUGCAGAGUGUAAUACAGGAAUAAAGUUUACUGUCUCCAAAGGAUUAUCCUUGUCCUGUUUUGGAAGUCCCUUCAAGUAUACAGAAGCAGCCUGGAUUGAACCCCGACUUUGCGAUUACAGCGGAUUAUAUUACUGUCAGCGCUGCCAUUGGAACACUACUGCAACCAUACCUGCACGAGUUAUCAGAAAUUGGGAUAUGGAACCUCGAAAAGUUUCCCGAGCAGCAGCACAGCUUCUGGAAAUUCUAGAACAGCGUCCUGUUCUGAAUGUAGAACAGCUUAAUCCAAAACUCUUCACCCUCGUUCCAGAUUUGACAUUGGUCAAGAAGCUGCGCGAGGAACUCCAAAUGAUAAAACGUUAUUUAGUAUUCUGCCCCGAUGCUAACAAUCAAGGAUUACCAUGGAGGGCUGGCCUACGUUCGCAUUUAAUAGAAAAUUCCAACAGUUAUGCAAUCAAAGACCUCAUUGAUCUUCAGAAUGGAACCCUUGUGGAAGAAAUUCGCGGCGCCUACGACGCUAUGCGUACACACAUCACAGAGAAUUGUGAGCUGUGCAGAGCGAGGGGCCAUUUAUGCGAAUUAUGCGGCAAUGACGAGGUAAUAUUUCCCUGGGAUGCUGGAUCAAUCUCUUGUCGAGAAUGUUCAACACUCUACCAUCGUGCUUGUUGGUCCAAACGGAAUCACUGCUGUCCGAAAUGUUAUCGAAUACAAAAGAGACUCGCCCAAAUCAACUCAGAGACGGAUAAUAACCUCAUGCCUUCUACUAGAACCGAGGAUUCAGAAAUGCAUGUAGACAGUAAUACUGCCCCAAAUAAUUGAAGUAUGUGCUGAGCGUGAACACUUAUGAUACCGAGAAUCAAUGUCAAAGGAGGGGCAAGCACGAGUCCUGCAUUUUUGUAAGCGUCACCAAGGGCGAACAUUCCCGCGCCAACAUUUCCUUUGAAAAGAUGCAUGAGAGUCCCAAUGUACCUGCAGUAAAUAUUCGUCACAUUUUAGUGUACGUAUAUUUCAAUUUUCAAUUUUUUUAAUACUUACGAUGUCGGAUGGCUGACGGUCAUACCGUGAGCACCUCCACCUCCACUUUUUGGUGGGUCUCCUUUUUCGACCGAAACUGCCAUAAUAAGAUCCUUAGACUGGAAAGCGCCGUAGCCAUCGCCAUUACUGUGUAUUCAUAAUAAUUGCGUUACUUGGAUCAUUGCAUUUUUGCGAGUAGGCAUUUAAAAUUUUAUGCAACAUACCCGACUGGCGAAGUAGCUUCUUUGAACGCGGUUUCAUCUCCGUACCCUCCAAAUCGAGCCGAAGGACUCUUUGGGGGUCCGCGUUUUGGAUUUGCAUGAAGUUCCAUAAUCUGAAAAGAUCGUACGAUAGUAAGGGCAUAUUAGGGGAAAUGCAUAUGAAAGGUUCACCAUUUUGAGUGAACCUUUCAUACAUAAUUACUUUUUCAUAUUGCGGUACGUAUAAUCGAAUAAAAUUGAUAAUCAUAAAUAUAUCAACCGCGCACCGUAUUGAUGCAAUUCAUCAAUCACGCUGUUUAUGUUAAAAAAAUAA